GACCAUCGGUGGGGGGGACGACUCCUUCACCACUUUCUUCUGUGAGACCGGCGCCGGGAAGCACGUCCCGCGGGCCAUCUUUGUGGACCUGGAGCCCACUGUGAUCGGUGAGUGCUGAGCUCGGGCUGCGUGGCACGGGGUGCAGCCCUGGGUGGGCAGCAAUCAGCCGGGGCGUGCAUUCCUGCAUCCUGCACCAGGUGUAACCCCGGGAGAAGCCACGAGCCUCCACACCAGCUGUCGGUACCGGAAUGUCCUAGAGGCAGCGGGGCCGGUAGUCUGUGUGUGUGCACGGAGAGAAACCAGCCCGACCGGCACUGCGGCUCUGGCUGUGUCACAGUGGCCGGGCAGCUCCCCGUGAGUGGGAGAAGCUGAGCUCCCGUGCAGGGAGGCGGCAGCAGACUCCGCUGGCAGAGAAACCUGGCACCUGCAUGGCCCCACUGACGUACGGUCCUGGCAGCCUCCUUUGCUCUCUCCUAGAUGAGGUGCGGGCUGGGAUCUACCGGCAGCUCUUCCACCCCGAGCAACUCAUCACUGGCAAGGAGGAUGCUGCCAACAACUAUGCCCGUGGGCACUACACCAUCGGCAAGGAGAUCAUCGACCAAGUGCUGGACAGGAUCCGGAAGCUGGCUGACCAGUGCACGGGCCUCCAAGGCUUCCUUGUGUUCCACAGUUUUGGAGGUGGCACUGGCUCAGGAUUCACCUCCCUGCUGAUGGAACGACUCUCCGUUGACUAUGGCAAGAAGUCCAAGCUCGAGUUCUCCAUCUACCCGGCCCCACAGGUCUCCACUGCUGUGGUGGAGCCCUACAACUCCAUCCUCACCACCCACACCACCCUGGAGCACUCAGACUGUGCCUUCAUGGUGGACAACGAGGCCAUCUAUGACAUCUGCCGCAGGAACCUGGACAUCGAGCGCCCAACCUACACCAACCUCAACCGCCUCAUCAGCCAGAUCGUUUCCUCCAUCACCGCCUCUCUGAGGUUCGAUGGGGCACUCAACGUCGACCUCACCGAGUUCCAGACCAACCUGGUGCCCUACCCUCGCAUCCACUUCCCCCUGGCCACCUACGCCCCUGUCAUCUCUGCAGAAAAAGCCUACCACGAGCAGCUGUCGGUGGCUGAGAUCACCAACUCGUGCUUCGAGCCGGCCAACCAGAUGGUGAAGUGCGACCCUCGGCACGGCAAGUACAUGGCGUGCUGCCUGCUGUACCGCGGGGACGUGGUGCCCAAGGACGUCAACGCCGCCAUCGCCACCAUCAAGACCAAGCGCAGCAUCCAGUUUGUGGACUGGUGCCCAACUGGUUUCAAGGUGGGCAUCAACUACCAGCCGCCCACGGUGGUGCCGGGGGGAGACCUGGCCAAGGUGCAGCGCGCCGUCUGCAUGCUGAGCAACACCACGGCCAUCGCCGAGGCGUGGGCGCGCCUGGACCACAAGUUCGACCUGAUGUACGCCAAGCGCGCCUUCGUGCACUGGUACGUGGGCGAGGGCAUGGAGGAGGGGGAGUUCUCCGAGGCGCGGGAGGACAUGGCCGCCCUGGAGAAGGAUUACGAGGAGGUGGGCCUGGACUCCUACGAGGACGAAGAGGAGGGCGAGGAGUAGAGCGGCCGCCCAGCGCGGGACCUCGCUGCUUUCCCAUGUCACCUGCGGAAACCCUUUGCAAUAAACCGUUUGAGAACC